GGGAAGAAUGGCUUCACCAAUGGGAUAGAGGUCAGGAUCUUCAAGUGUGAAAUACUGAACCAAGGUGGAGCUGAACGCUGCUGUCUAGUAAAUACAGUAAAAGAACUAACCGUAUCUGCAGGAAGCAAGAACGGAUCGUGGCAUCGUUUUCUUUCCAACAAAAUCUGGCGUGUUACUGUUCCUCCCACAGUGUGGAAUAAAAAAAAGCCGAUGGAAAAAUCCAAAAACUUCCGAAUCGACGCGCUCCUCGCCGUUGAUCUGCCCAAACCGCAAACUUGUUCGCCCCUUCUUGCAACUUCACCCCCGUCCUCCAGUGCCAGCCCUCCUAUGCUCGACCAACACCCGGCCACCUCCGACUGCCUGCGCACUGAUAGUCCGUCACCGCCGAGGCUGACUCUCGGGAACCUGAUGUCCAAGCCUGGCUUCCUGAGUGUUCAGCAGCAUCCCGGGAUGACCGGCCUUCAUCCCCACGGGGCCAUCCCAGCUUCGGCUCUCUACGGCCACCCGGUUUACACCUACUCGGCGCUGACGGGCCAGUCCAGCGCCUUGCCGUACCCUUAUCCCCAGCUAGCAGGUACUCAUCACUCGGAGCCAGUCAAAGUGACGGCCGGAACGUUUCAGAUAGACCGGUGGCUUCGAGCCUCGACAGCCGGCAUGAUGCUGCCUAAAAUGCCGGAUUUCAACGCACAGACACAGUCCAGCAUGCUGGGGAAAUGCCGCAGGCCGCGGACGGCCUUUACCAGCCAGCAGCUCUUGGAACUGGAGCACCAAUUCAAACUGAAUAAGUACCUCUCCCGGCCCAAACGGUUCGAGGUGGCCACAUCCUUGAUGCUCACAGAAACACAGGUUAAAAUAUGGUUUCAAAACAGACGGAUGAAGUGGAAGCGGAGCAAAAAGGCCAAAGAACAAGCGGCCCAGGAAACGGUCAAGCAGAAGGGGAAAACCACUGAACACACGGCGAACGAUCUGCAGGAGAAACCUGAGAUUGCCAGAAGCGACCAGGGCAAAAAUUCCAGGUUAAGGAACGUUCGGGGCAGUGACGAGGAAGGAGGGAGUUUAACGUGCCCCUCGUCCGAAUGUUCUUCAGACGAAGAAUCCGAGCAGGUUCACACACAUCAGGGCCCAGCCAUGAAAAUUAAAUAGAGCAGACACGCCCUCAGACAUAUAGCUUCACUUGCACAGCGUCUCAGGAAGGCACUGGACUGGCAGGUUUCUCUGAACCCAGGUUCAUUUGUGUUCUUGCAGUUGAAGUUGCUCUACUGACGAUGUAGCUUCGUCUCUAACCAAUUGCCAUAAACAUACAGGUUCGUGUAUCUCUGAACGUUAAAAAGUGGAAAAUUGCAAGACUGUACCGCCUUUAUUUUUAUAUUGUAUUUAUAAGAACUGGCCCAUAGUCGUGCAUGCUAAAUUAUUGUUUAGCUAUAGUGUGCUGUUUCGUUCCUCUCUCCCCGAUACAGUAUAUUGCAAGUACCGCUGUAUAUAACGCACAAUAAAUGUUUUCUAUGGAUCUCAUCGCCGCGAUUCAUUU